GCGCGCCCACCCCCGCGGCGCCGCUGCAGCCCCCGCGCGCAUAUAGGCUCCUCCGCCGCACUGCUCCCGUCGCCGCCGCCGCCUCCAGGCAUGGCACAGGGCUCUACCUCACUAUGGCAGCAGCAGCGCGGCACAGCACCCUGGACUUCCUGCUCGGCGCCACAGCUGAUUGUAAUGCCAUUCUUAAGGCUCUACAGCCCAUCUUUCAGGAGCAGGGAAUGACAGAAACAGUUCAUAACUUGGAAGACCAUGGUUAUCUAGCAACAUACAUCAAAACAAAUGGCAGUUUUGCCAACUUGAGAAUUCACCCGCGUGGAUUGGUGUUGGUUGAUCUGCAGAGCUACAAUGAUCAUAAAAAAGGAAGAGAGGAAGUUGAUCAGCUUUUAAACAAAGUAGAAGAAAGAAUGAAAGAAUUGUUUCAUGGCAAUAUAAAGAGAGUGAAACGACUGCCAGCCAUUUUGAGAGGAGGUGUCAUUGAUAGAUACUGGCCCACAGCUGACGGACGCCUGGUGGAGUAUGACAUAGAUGAAGUUGUUUAUGAUGAAGAUUCACCUUUUCAGAAUAUUAAAAUUCUACAUUCAAAACAGUUUGGGAAUAUUCUUAUCCUCAGUGGGGAUGUUAAUCUGGCAGAGAGUGAUCUGGCGUAUACUCAAGCCAUAAUGGGCAGCGGAAAGGAAGACUACACUGGGAAAGAAGUACUAAUCCUAGGAGGUGGUGACGGAGGUAUACUAUAUGAGAUAGUCAAAUUGAAGCCAAAGAUGGUUACCAUGGUAGAGAUUGACCAAAUGGUGAUCGACGGGUGUAAAAAAUACAUGCGUAAAACAUGUGGAGAUGUCUUGGACAAUCUGAAAGGAGAGUGCUAUCAGGUUCUGAUUGAGGACUGUAUUCCUGUACUGAAGAGGUAUGCCAAAGAAGGAAGGAUGUUUGAUUACGUAAUUAAUGAUCUGACGGCUGUUCCAAUCUCCACAUCUCCAGAAGAAGAUUCCACAUGGGAGUUUUUGCGGUUGAUUCUUGAUCUCUCCAUGAAAGUGCUGAAACACGAUGGAAAAUACUUCACACAGGGAAACUGUAUCAAUUUGACAGAUGCCUUGACUCUGUACGAAGAACAGCUUAGCAGGCUUUAUUGUCCUGUGGAGUUUUCAAAAGAAACUGUCUGCGUUCCCUCCUACAUGGAAUUAUGGGUUUUCUACACUAUUUGGAAGAAACAAACUAACAUCUGAACAUCAAGAUCAUUGGAGAUUAUCCUAAAUGUACAUGCUGCAUGGAGCAUAUAGGCCUGCCACGUGCUGCAUAUUGGCAUCUUGAACCUUUAAAUUAUAUGCUGUAGAUGAUCCUGAAACUUACUCAUGUUAUUGAUCGUGAAUUCUUUAAAUGUUUUUUAUUAUUAUUUUAAUUUAAAAGUAAAUCAAAAAUGUAUAUUUUGAUGAGCUUAGGGUGUUAUUUUUGAAAGUCAACUUAAAAAUGAAUAAGCAGCAAAACUGUAUAGCUGCUGAAUGCACUGAACCUUUAGAAUGUGAUCCUUUUUAUUUUUUUGUAGAUCUUCACAAACUGAUUAAAAAGAGGCAUCUUUAGCAUUUUGUCCCUGAAAGAUGGUCCAUGGAAUUUAUUUUGGAUUUCUUUGUUUCUACAUCAGAUUUUUCUUAUCUAUGAUGCUUUUCAAGGAUGGAGGGGUUUUUUGUUUGGUUGGUUUUUUUUUAAAUGAACACUGCAGUGCUUCCAUGUAGAAAAAGUGCAUAGCUGAAAAAUAAACUUCUGGAAGGAUACCCUAAAUUCUUCAUUGCAAAGGGAGGAAAGCUAGUCUUAAAUUUUGUUUAUUUACUCGAGUUUCAUUCAUCAUUGCUGUAAUCUCUUCUGCAGGAGAAGAAUCUUUGACCUUUCACCUCAUAGAAUUCUUUAGCUGCUGCCGUAUUGAUUAUUUGGAUUUUGAUGUGGAUUUAACAGUAGGUUAUAGAGACACUUUGAACUACAUCAGCAUGAAAAUUAAUGCUGGUUAUCCAUCCCAGCACAGUGCAAGAAAUUGAGUGUAACAAUGUUCUUGUGGGCAUAUACCUUCAACCUUACAAGAAGCACUAGGUUAUUAAAAAAAAGGGUUGUUUUAGAAGGCAAAGUAUGGGCAUGAUCUAGAUUUACGUACACCAGUAGUGAAUAUUUGGAGGCGAGUAUGUAUACAUGAGUAGGAUGAGUCCUGAUCAUGUUGCCACAGAUUGACCACAUUGUGUGGGGCUCUUUCUUCAAUGGGUUCACCUGCAGUGUAAAAAUGAGUGGAAGCUAGGCUGCAUUGUAGUUAUGAUCUGAAACAAAACGUUUUUCUUUAACUGUUUGUCGUGUCGAAGAAGUUAUAUUUUUGUAAGACUGUGCUAUGUAUUGACUAAAACUUUGCUUUCUGUGUUUAAAAGAUCCCACUUGAGGUAGGAAGGUUAUAACCAUUCUGUGCAUUUCUGUACAUUUCCAAGGUAGAAUAAAAAGUACACUAUUUCCCUAAACACUCCAA